GCCAUUGGCUGCGGCGCGGGCACGUGGCGCCCAGCUGGCGCUGCUGCGGCGCUGCCGGCGGGGCCCGGUCAUGGCGCACGCGGCGCCGCUCGGCCUCCUCGAGCAGGGCUGCCCCAUCCGCGUGGAGCACGACCGCAAGCGCAGGCAGUUCACCGUGCGGCUCAACGGUUGCCAUGAUAAAGCAGUGCUGCUCUACGAAUAUGUGGGGAAGCGGAUCGUGGACUUGCAGCACACGGAAGUACCAGACGCCUAUCGAGGGAGGGGAAUAGCCAAGCACCUCGCAAAGGCAGCCCUGGACUUUGUGGUGGAGGAAGACCUGAAAGCUCAUCUGACAUGCUGGUACAUUCAGAAAUACGUCAAGGAGAACCCGCUGCCACAGUACCUGGAACACUUGCAGCCUUAAGACAGGACUGCUCUGACACCAGCACGUCUGUCCCUGACUGUCCAAUGCGGCCUUCGCUUCUCUGCGGUCUCAGGAAACCCCCUAGACACACACUCACAAUUCCCAUUUUUUAAAGCACAUCCAUGUGGUGCAUGAGUGUGGGCACGACCUCCUUCUCUCUGCCCACAAAUGAGCGUGGCUACAGCUCCUGGGCCAGGCUGGCUCUGGGCACACGUGGUGCCCCCCACUGCCCUUCCCAAGGCAGAAGGUGGAAGAGGAUGAUUUUUCUACCAAACUCCACCACAAGACCAGGAGGUGGCUCAAUCUGCAUCUCAUCCUCUACCCUCCGCUUGGCGACAGCUCUGAACUUGUUGGGAGAUGUUGGUUAGGGGUGGUCAUGGGGUACCAGCCCCCGUUUCCUCCUGGCAGGUGGGGGAGGUGCUGUGGAUUAAACCUUGUAGGACAGAAGGAGGUGUUGGAGUAGUCCCGGCCCUGUGGCUGGUUCAUCCCCUGCAGCAUCUGUUGGGCACCAGGCCUUGCUUACGCCCACAUGGAGUACAGAUGAGAACGUGUGGCUUGUGGUGGCACCUCAGGGGCUUUGCUGCACCGUCUGUGGAGACACUGGGAUGGUGACACCUUCGAGCCUAGAGACAGAAGCCACGUGAGCAGUGGGCUUCAGCUUCAGGGGCUGUGGCAGAGCUCCCAGAGAUGCCAGCUCCUGCCCAGCCUACUGUACAGAGCCCCAGCACUUCAUCCCUGCUGGUUUGUGGGUGAUCGUUACUGUCUCUGCUAUCAGUGUUGACCAUGCUGGUGUAGACACAGCCUGCUCAGGAGAGGAGCACCAGCCCCCGCAGUCAUCCCUGGCCGGAGUAGCGAGGGGACAUCCUGCACUUUUGCAGGCACCAGGGUGGUUUCCUGCAGCUGAAGAGGAAGGAUCUUCCCCAUCUCUCUCAGCUCCAGCGCUGCACCAUUGUCUGCCCCAGGUCGUAAGGCUUGAGCCAUCAUUACAUCCUGAGAACAUCGAGGGUAAGGCAACCUGGUCGUGGUCCAUCUCCAGGGCUUGAUGCUAGAGCUGCCUGCCUCGCCUGGAUGCUGAUCACUUCUCUUAUGGCCUUUGGAAAGGAGUCCUGGCUCAGCAUUACCCGACUGCUCACUGGCCUCCUCGUGGCUCCAAGCCCAGGGUGCUGGCAGCAUCGUGAGGUCCUUGGCCAGCAGCAGGAACACCCUUGCAUCGCGCUGUUAACUCCAUAGAUGAUGACCUCGUAGCACAGCUCAGCCGCAGUCAGAUGUAGAGGUAACUCUUAACGGCAGGGCACUACUUGGCUCCAGCUUGCUGCCUGUCCUGCCUCACCCAUCCUUUCCAGGGAGAUCCCAGAGCAUCUUCCCCUGAGUUCUUGGGGCUUCCUGGUGUCGCAGGGCUAGGCUGCAGCAGAGCUGGGGGCUGCAGCCAAGCAGAAGGAGCUAAAUCACCUGCAAGCUAAAUCUAGACUCAGCUUAUCUCUCAGCAGGGACUAAAGUGUACAAUCUGUGCCACGGACCGGACAAAGCCCUGGCCAAGAGGCAGCUCAACCCUCUCCUAGAGCUCCACGUAAAGUCUUUGGCAGCAAAGGCAAAACCUCAUGCACCCUUCUGUCCUGGUUGGGUUGGUUGGAGUUGGAGACCUUGUGCCGGACCUCAGCCAGGGAGGCCCUGAGCUGUUCCUCAUGGUCACCAGCUCAAGAUGAAGCCCUUCUUGCCUUCCUGUGCUUUUGGUCUGCCCAGCACUGGUAACGUAGCCUCUGCCCACAGGCUUGAGGAGAGCUUCCCCAACUCCAGUCCUGCCUGGCCACAUGGCAGACUGUGAGAGCUAUGUCCACCAUGUGCCUGGCGGCAGACCCAUCUCCAGCUUGUGCUGCUCAGGAAUGGCAUCAGGCUCAGCCCUGCCGCUGCCUCAUGUUUCUACCUUCUUUCUGUCUCUUCCAGCCUGGGUACAACCUUCAGGAUGGCUUAGAGGGACUGGGAAAGGGUUGCAGGUAAUGAACUAAAAAAAAGCGUCUUGAGAAGAAAUCUGGGCUGCUAAUUGUUCAUCCUUUAACAUGCAAAACACACUUGAACGUCUGCUUACAAGAGCAAGGCUGGCUCUUGACCCCAAGGGGAAGCUGAACCACGUCCUCUUCUGCAAGACAAGAUAAGACACCGUUAUAUAUUUGUCACAGUGGGGCAGGGUGCCUCACGGGAGCAAUAGUGCAAGCCCAGCGCUGCAAGCCUCUGCCCUGGUUUUGUGCUCUUUUCCGCUGCAUGACGGUUCCCAGAAGUACCCUGCUGUGUUUGCCACAUGGGAGUGGCUCGCUAGAGGGUGUGUGGUGGUCACUGCAUCGGCCGUGUCCCAGCGUCCAAGCCCAGCCCUGGCACCCUUUGUGCUGCUCUAGCAGGAAAACCAACCUUCCCAGUGCUGGAUCACAAGUGACAAUCGCUGCCUUAAAUCAGGCACAGCACAUGGUUUUGCUGCUGCUUUCCUUCAAGGUGCUACAGUCCCUCAGGUGUCUGUCCUGAUGGAGAUGCGUGCCAGUGCCAAGCGUUUCACUGCUGUGCCCAUCCUCCACCCUGGCCUUCCCUCCGUGAUCUUUGAUGUCAGUGAAUAGCAUUACUCACAGGUUACCAGUGAUGCCGCGGUACAUGGUGCUCUUGUCAUCUGGCACUGCUGGCUGGGAGAUGGUUCGGGGUCCCUUUGGCGUUGGGCAACCCUCCCUCCUGCCUUUCCACCAGCCACUUUUUCCCACCUUGUCUCUGCAGAAAGGAGCUUUGAGUCCUGUGCUGCCCCUUGGUGCUGACUAAGCCUGGAGGAGAUGGGGAUCCUGGAUUCUCUCUGGCAAUGGCAGUGUGGAAGUGUUUUGGUUGAAUAUUGAGAUCCCCAAACCCCUUUGAACUACAGACCUUGGUGGGUGGGGAAAUGCAGAUUGCUGUCAAACCUGCUUCCACAUCAUCCAACUUGAAAUACCCUUUUUUCAUCCACUUUCCAGCAUUGUCUUCCUCUGUCCAAGGUUUCCAUUCUGUUGAAUUUGGUGGUUACAAUGUGCCUUUCCUUCUCAGGACCUGUUACAAAUGACCUUUCUGCUUUUGUUUAUGUCUAACAUUUAUCUCUAUCCCUCCCUCUGUCAUACUAUAAAACAUGAACAUAUUGCAUGGAAUACAAUACAAUAAAAAGUGUGGCUUAACUGACCCACAGUGGCUCACUGGGCAGGAGGAGGUGCCUGGGGGACCUUGCGUGUCCCCAGCUCUGUCAGCACUGGGGUGGGUCGCUUCAGCAGAGAGCCUGUUGCACAGGUCCUGUCAAAUGACUCUGCUCUCCCAUCUGUGUCCAGGGUAUGAUUUGAUUUUUGCUACCUUGUUGCUGCAUAUUUAUUUUCUACAUACGUGUAAACAAUCUUUUUUUCAUCCUCUAUCAAAUCUAACCCCAAAUCUUUUAGGCAGUAACUGACCUGUGGCUGUCAGUGUGUCAGAGGUGGGAGAAAAGGCCAAAGUCAGCAGAUCUGCAUGUUGGUGUAUUUGUCAGCUACUCUCCUACUGCCUCACCUGGAGAAAAUGCUGCUUCUCUCCCUCAUGAGGAAGAGGAUCUUGUGCAAGAAGGACCCCAUCCAAGUGGUUAGGAUGAUGGAGAGUCUGUAAGACCCUUGCUAGGUUCAGGACAAAGGAUUCCUGAUCCCAGGCCCGGUGCCAGCUGCAGCUCCCUGCAAGCAGCCCCUUGUGUCUCUUUAUCACCUGGUGCUACCUGCAGCGCCCUUCUCCCAUCACGGAACACUUUGGAGCCAGAUCCCAAACAAGCCCAGCGUGCUCCCAUUGCAACUGGACAGGGAGGCAUGGGCUGAAGCUUUGGCAUUUUAUUUCAGGUCAUCAGGGCUGGCUGACCUCAUGAUGACUGUGUAGAGCUUGGGGUGAGUGGGAUUGCAACUGGUUCCUCUCCUUCGCUGGCUGAUCAGUCGUGCCUCAAGCUUUCAGGCCAAACAGUCUUUGGGAAUUAUCCUGCAAAUGCAGCCUCUCAUGAGAUGGCACUCAGUGCUUGUGUUCAUCCAUUGAAGAUGUCUGAAAACAUUAAGGCAUGAAAAUAUUUAAAUAGCUCGCUGGUGGCUUUGUUCCCUGCUGUGCUCUUUGGAAGCAAUGCAGGCAGGCAGGAGGCUCAGAAAAGGCACUCUCUCUCUCUCUCUCCUGGGGCUGGCACUGCUCACCCAGGGAGCACAGCCCAACCAGCAGCACUUCAGGUCCCAGCACAGCAUGUUUGCGUCGCUUCCUAAGGCUGGGUGGAAGCUACGGAGGCUGAGGCCAGAGUUUCAAUAGCUGGAAAUGCCAAGGCUGGAGGGAGUGGUGGGGAGAAGAGGCACAGCUUAUUUACAGUUUUGAUUUGAUCCAACAUGACAAGUGACAAGUGGCCCCCGGGCUGCAAUUUGAGCAGGCAGGAGCGUGGGUUUUGCUCCUCCCAAGAGACAGUGUGGUAGAUUUGGGUUAUAGCACGAAGCCAGGCUGGCGCUGGUAAUGCUCUCUGUUUACAUUCCACAUUCCAGACAGUCCGAUGCUCAGGCCUGUCCCAGCAACGCCACCGCUCGGCCGCACGCUCUGCCAGGCUGGGCACACUUCCCAAACACCUCUUGUUAGUGCAAACACACAAUUUACCUCCACCAAAAGAGCUGACCCCCCAAAUUACAGCUGAGAAAGCUGGGAUGCUGCUCUGGAAGCAGAGCCUCACGAUGCCUGGGAAGGUGGAGGCAGCCCUGAGUUUGUUCUCUUUAGUCAUAUUACAUCAUUUAGAAAUAACGUUGUCAAAAAGAGGCAUUUUCUAGGAAGUGGAGCUGUAAAGCCAGUGCUGCUCUCCUCCUGAGUUGUCAGGCUGGUUAUGCUUUCUGAUGUGCUCCAAGCCAAAGACACCUGGCAGCACAGGAAAGGGAGGCUGUGGAGCAGGGACCUGCUGUUUGUCAUGAGAAAAUGAAUUCCUGAACAAAAGGUUCCUCUGCUGGGAGCGAGAAAGGGCCCAGGAGAGGCACGAGGAUCCUGGAGUGGCACAGCGCUCUGCACAGCACGACCCUGCGGGGCUGGGGUGUCAUGGGACACCCCAAACCCCAGGAUUACCUGGAGGUGGGAAACCUGGGACAGAGGCGAUCCUGCACUCCGUUUUCUAGUGGUGUUCGGCUAUGAAUUCAUUCAUCCUGAGGGAAGCAGCAGUGCUGCAGCCUUGUUAAAGGAUUUUCAUUAGACAGUGGGUAACUCUAGGCUUGCUUUAUUUACAACUCAGUUGGGCCACCCCUCAGUGAGUGGCAAAGGCCCUCACAAAAUUAUCAGAUAUUGACACAUUUUAACAUAGUGUUAUACAAUAGGAAUUUUCUUUGAAAAGUUCUGAAGUGUUUUUCCAUGUGCCUCUAGUUCUUUAUUCUUCAUUAACUCGAAAGUCCACAGAAGUCCACCUUCAUAAUUCAUCUCCACUGUCUUGUUUCAAUUCUACCUCAGAACUGAUGCUUCAACAGGUCACGUUCCCCCUCCGGUUGUAAAAAUCUAAUCCCUAUGUUCUAAGUCUAACAUUUCUUACACAAUCUGUUGAUUCAGCUGGACUGGGGCUGCACAUGGGUCAAUCGAACAGUAUUCUUGUAGUUUUUAUAGAGAUUAAUUUCCAACACCUGUUCUUAUUAUAUUCUUAAUACAAUACUCUAUUUAUCACAAUCAACAAUCAAUAAUAUCUAAGUCCUACAUGGUUAUAUUUAUCAUAUUUUCUCAUUUCCCUUGUGAGAAACACUUACUCACUGGUAAAAUAUUGCAAAGGACAAGUCUUCGAAGCAAAGGCAAUAAUACUUUUAUUUUACAAUUCGGCGCUGAAUGGAUGCCCUUCUAAACAAGGCAGCACAUCUUACAAAAGCAGUGGGUGUUAUAAACUAAUUUUAGACGAAGAUCCAUGUAAAUCCCCAAAGAAUGUUAAUUUUUUUAGGUUAUCCAGCCGUGUCUGGAGACUCCCUUCAGGUUCUCUCUUGACCUAAACCAGCUACAUCUUACAAGACCGCUCAGCAUAUCAAUAAAUUCCUGCAACUCUUAAGAGAGUAUUCCUUCAGGUUCUUUAUCCACGUCUGGAGAUUGUCUGCAUAUUCUGUCUUGAUACAAGACAGGCUCAUAUGACGAGAGAAUUACACAUACAAUCCAGCUGCAGCAAAACUUAUCCGUUAACUCUCACCCGAGCGAUUCUGUGCUUGC